UAGUUAAUCCUGAAAAUUCCUAUCAGAUACCUACUUUUUGUUUGUCAGUAACCUUGGUUACUGAUUUUGAUGUGAGGCACACAAUAUUGUUUGUUACAUUGCUAUGAAUUGACCAUCUUGACUCUCACAGACUUCGAAGGAUAAAGGCUUUCAAUCCUGAUGUAGACUUUGUAUGAGCAUACAAACCCCUUGAAAAGCCUCCUCUAAGAAGAGAAUGUUAUUCAUUACAAACACUUAAGGGAGCAUGCUACUUAGUGUUAAUGUAUUCAGAGCAGAAAGCACACAAGGCGGUACAAAUAAGCUGCUGCAACAUAUUUUUUCCACACAGUGGAAGAACUGUCAUCCAUGCCAGAAGAAAAAAACUCAAAUAACAGCUAAUCUUUUAUCAAUUCAUGUAAUUUUCCUGGACUUUUUGGUAAUUUAUUCAACAUACUGCUGGUGCUUCACUGCAACAUUGAGGCACAUGCUUGGAGCUCUUUCAUAUAUUACAGGAUGCCUCCACAUGGAAAUGUCACUUUUCUUCUCUUAUUUUCUGUGGUAUUUGUGUUAUGGAGAAUUUGUCAUGGAGGUAAGAUUCUGGUCGUCCCUGCUGAGGGAAGCCACUGGGUGAACAUGGACAUCUUGAUCAAAGCCCUCCACUCUCGAGGACACUCUGUUGAUGUGAUACGAACCAAUAAAAGCUGGUACAUCAAGGACGACUCUCUGCAUUACAAGACAAUCACAGUUCCCGUCACUGAAGCCUUUAAUCAUGAGUUUGUGAACCCGAUCCUGAAAAGGAUGAUUGCUAUAGGGAGGGGAGGAAGCUCACUUUUGAGCUUUGCAAAUUUACAGGUUGAGAUUUCUAAUGCAAUCAUUAACGUACAUAGAAUAAUGUGCAAAAUGGCGACUGACAUGUUUGAAGAUAAAGACUUAAUGAAUAUUUUAAAGGAGAGAGAGUACGAUCUGGUCCUUAUUGACCCAGCAUGGGGGGCAGGUAUAAUGUUGGCUCAUGCUCUUAAACUACCUCUGGUCUAUAACGUGCGGUGGAUAACAGGUGCAGAGGGGCAUUUGGUUGUUGCACCGUCUCCUUUAUCUCAUAUACCAAUUACUGGCUCCAGACUGUCAGACAAAAUGACUUUCAUAGAAAGAGUCAAAAAUCUAAUGUUCUUUGUCAUUUGGAAAGCUCAGGAUGUAUUUUUAAUUGACCCUCAGUAUCAAGCAGUUUGUGACAAGUUCUUUGGCCCAGAAGUCAGAUAUAGUGACCUUCUGAAGGGAGCAGACCUGUGGCUCAUGAGAGUGGACUUUGUGUUUGAGUUCCCUCGUCCCACCAUGCCUAAUGUUGUGUACAUGGGAGGGUUCCAGUGUAAACCUGCUGAACCUUUACCUGAACACCUGGAGGAGUUUGUGCAGAGUUCAGGAGAACAUGGAGUCAUCAUCAUGUCCAUGGGGACUUUUGUGAGUGAACUUCCUGCUGACAUGACAAAUGAGAUGGCUGCAGCUUUUGCCCGAUUACCUCAGAAAGUCAUCUGGAGGCAUACAGGUGACAGACCAGCCAGUCUGGGCAACAACACUUUACUAGUUGACUGGAUGCCACAGAAUGAUCUUUUAGGACAUCCAAAGAUGAAAUUAUUUGUGGCCCAUGGAGGAACAAACAGCGUUCAAGAAGCUCUUUAUCACGGAGUCCCAGUUGUGGGUCUGCCCUUGUUUUUUGACCAGUACGACAACCUGCUGCGCCUGAAAGAAAGAGGAGGAGCUAAGAUUCUAUCCAUCGCUACAGUGGACAAAGACGACAACUUCCUGAAGGCCAUACAGGAAGUCCUGAAUGAGCCCUCGUACAGGAUGAACAUGCAGAGACUGUCCAGGCUGCACAGAGACACACCGAUGAAGCCGAUGGAUACCGCUCUCUUCUGGAUAGAGUUCGUCAUGAGACACAAAGGUGCAGCUCACCUGAGAACAGAGUCCUACAGGCUGCCCUGGUAUUCCUACCACUCUGUGGAUGUAGUUCUGUUCCUGGCCGGAGCUGUGCUGCUCGUGCUUUGUACCAUUUUUCUCUUGAUCAGGUGUUUAUACACUACAAUGUGUAAACAUAAAGCCAAACGUGACUAAUCAUUCAAGGGAUGUACAUUUUUACAUUAAAUGGAUAAAAAUGCACCACUAUCAAUAUGAAGAUGCAUUAAUCUUGAAAAUUAUAUACUAUUUGUUUGAGGUGUCCAAUCUGUGGAUGUAGUUCUGUCUUUUUUGGUGUGUUGCAGCGAUUGCUGUUCCCCCCAUUUUGUUUUCAGAUGUGAAGGUCUUGAGAAAAGCCUGAAAUGCAAAAUGAAUUAUAGUUGACAAGACUGUCACGCCUGCGCUUUCUACUCCAGUAUCAUGUUUCAGAUUUUUGCUCAAUUAACAGAAAAGCGUCAAGUCUUGAUCAUUACAUGUUGAACGCUAAAUCUUUAGAGCAGUACUGCCAUUGAUCUGCUGAUAGUAAAAUGUAGUCAUUAUGAUAAUGCUGUAUUGUUGUUAGGUUGUGGAGUAUUGAUGUGUUAUUAAUGUGAGCAAUGUAGAUGAUCAUGUGUAUUUCAUAUUAGAUCAUGUGGAAACAUACGUAGGUUCAAUGUGUGCAUGUAUGCUGUAUGAUAUGAUGCGUGUAUAUCAACAAUAAUGUGCUUCAUAUUAAUGAACUGUUGUAUACUUGAAUGUUUUUUUAAUGUGGACUCUUUCAAGAUUAGCCAAUAAGCUAAAAGAUAUCAAAAAUAAAAAUCUAACUGUAUAUUAAAAGUGUC